AUGCCGCCGUUACAUUUGAUCGACAAAACAUCUCCUAUGGGAGACUCUGUAAGCCAAUCAGCGUUCGCCUUCGGCCGCUCUUACGGGAAGGGAUAUGGAACAUUGGCUGAGACAAAUGACCUCGAGUUACGAAUUAUGCAUUUCAACAGCUUAUUCACCUCCAUUGGAGUGAUGGCUUUAUUGCCAGCCUUUGCUCCGGUGAUGGCCGAAAACUGCAUGAUACAGCCCCCACCAACCGAGACCUUUCUCAUCCCACUCAACUUUUGUUUUUACCAUGAUUUUGGCAUAGUCGACAUCCGAGUUGAGAUACCAGGCGCCAAUCUCAGGCCCAAGGGCAAGGCCGAUCACCUAGAGCUUCCCGCUCACGUCAAGGCAAAUGCUGACCCCAUUCAUCUGGACGAGACGUAUGGAGUCAACAUUUACUUCAAAAACGACUGGACGAAUGCCCAUCGUUGGGAAGUGAAUAUUCCUCUGAUAGUGUCGCUCUACGUUGAUCUACAGACGCGGAUCGAUCGUUCAAAUUGCAAGCUGGGGUUGAAACUUCACUUGACAGGCUGGGGUGCCUUGGGAGCUCUGGACGAAAGUAUUCCCCUAACUGAAAUCGACAAUGAUGGAAUCAAGCUUCUCGCACAAGGUCUUGGGUUGUGUUCUUAA